AUGCUCGUCCUGACGGCCAUCCACGACAUCAUGAAGACGGUCGCUGGCAUCCAGGUUGACGUUCAGGAAACCCCGAAGACUCGACCUCGGAAGCAGAAAGUACAACAAGUUUCACCGACCCUUCUGAAGCUCAAGGAGUGGCUGAGGUGGGGCGAACGCAAGAAGAUGGUGGUUUCGGAGGCGCAGGUGAUCUCGGGACUUCGGAAGGUUCUGGACCCCAAGGCCCCCACUCCCACACCAGCUCCACCGCAGCAGGCUCAGGUCGUGGACAAGCGUCCCGUUUUGACGCCUCAGCCGUGGCAAGGAGCUCCGAUCGUGAAGGCCCCUGCCGUGCGCCAGGCCAGUUUCACGGACCCGACCGUCAUCGCGUGCCAGUCGCCAGGGGAGUAUAAGGCGGCGGCCGAGCGAUUGGCGGGUCUCUCUUCGACGUCGUCGAUCACGUGCGUACUUCUCAAUCAGACCGACCUCUUUGACGGCUGGACAGCCUCGGAGGUGAUGGUCGACGGUCAGGCGGAGGCUUUCGCCCACUUCGAGCGCAGCUACUUCAAGUUGGGCCGGGCCCGCCUGUCCGUGGUGGAUUGCCUGCAGGGCUCAAAGAUGAUGAAGCUGAAGAGAUUGAAGACCAAAGCGGCAGUUGCCUGCGACACGGAGGCGACUUGUAUACUGAUUACUCGCGAGGAAGAUGUGGGGGGCUUUCUGGCAUGGAAGCCUCCUACAGGAGCAUUUCUCAACGUGCAGGGCAGCAAGCUGGUCCCUGUGUGGCAUUGCUUGCGUGAAGACGAAGCUCUUCCUCAAUUUCAUGCGAGGGUUGCAUCGGUGGCUGAUUCGGCUUCGGGCCGACUCGUCUGCCGCCCUUCUCACGACUCCAGCCUCGGCGUCUUGAGCGAGAAGCCCGUUUCGGGGGACAAGUGCCCAGAGACCUGGACCGACGAUGGGGGGCUUCAAGAACUGGGCGAUCCAGCGCGGUUUCGUGAACGUUUCUUCGAUUUCCCGUACUUCCAGGCGUGCUUGGCGGCCGAGCUUUCAGAGGUUGCCUCCAAGGCGGGCAAGUACUCUACUUCCGACAUGGCGCGGGCAGUGGCCCACGCGCUCAAGACCGACAUCAUCUUCUUUAAGAAGGGUGAGAAGUCCUUGCAGGUCUACUCUGCUCCUCGGGAGGUGAGGACCAAGUCUAAGACCUACCUCGCACUCGAGAACUGCCAUUACUCGUUGUUGGUAAGGAACGACGCUGCUCUACCAGACUCCGUGGAGACGGAGUGGUUUGCAGCGGCGUACCCAUGCCCGACCAAGUUCGCGUCCUUGAAUGGAGGAGGCCGCAGUGUUUCGUCCAGGGCCAGCUCCAAGGACGCCCAGAAGGCCAGGCGCACGCUGGGUCUGCCCACGCCCGCGAGAUCUUCAGUAUCUUCGACGGGGCGUACUGCGGCAGCUCGCAACCUCCUUGGUAUUCACUCUACACCUGGCCCGACGCCUACUUGGACUGCCUCGUUCCGUGGGCUGCCCGGCAAGGCUGAGGUGAUCGAUGGCGACGAAGUCCUGUCCCAGGAUUUGGAUGGCAUCCCACCAGCUCAUUCUGUUGUUGGAGUGCCCGAACGAGGAUCUUACUACGCUUGUCCCUGUGGGUGGUCUCCCAACAUAGAGGGCAGGGCGAACCAGAUUGCACAGCAAGCCAUCGCGCAUUGGCGUAAGUGUCAGGAGGCUACGCCGCCGAAGGAGCCUGCUGAAGUCAAGAAGCUGCGUCUCAUGAAUAAGACGGCUAUCAUUCGAGCUCGGCGAGGUCGCUCUUGGGAGAAGUACAAGCGCUGGCGCACCUCGCUCACCGAAGGGCAGCGCCCGCUGGUCUGUUCUCUCCAGGAGGACUACUACUCGGUCCACACGUACUACUGA